GACGUCGCGCCCCUCACCAAAGAGGAAGAGAGUCUCUACCAUAAGAUUGAGUUCGAUUGCAAUCAAUUCCGCGAUGAAGUGGGCACUCAAAAGCUCAUUCAUUGCGAUAAAGUCAAUACAUUGACCCAUCGAUGGAGAUAUCCGUCGCUUUCAUUGCAUGGAAUUGAAGGGGCGUUCUCUGGUUCGGGCGCUAAGACUGUGAUUCCACGCAAAGUUGUGGGAAAGUUCUCCAUAAGACUCGUCCCGAAUCAAGUGCCGGAAAAGAUCGGUAAAAUAGUGAUCGACUAUUUGAAGAGUGAGUUCAAGAAGUUGAACAGUCCUAACAAACUGGCGGUCCAUAUGCCUAACGGUGGCAAACCCUGGGUCGCCGACACCAACGCUACAAACUUUACCGCCGGUCGUAAAGCUAUGAAAACAGUGUUUGGAGUGGAGCCGGACCUGACCCGUGAGGGCGGAUCAAUACCAGUGACGCUGACCUUCCAGAACGCGACCGGAAAGAGCGUACUGUUGCUGCCGAUGGGCUCCGCCGACGACGGGGCGCACUCACAGAACGAGAAGAUCAACAAAAAGAAUUACAUCGACGGCACUAAAGUGUUCGCCGCCUAUAUCUACGAGUUGUCACAAUUGAAGUGA